AGAUUUCUGCCCAUACUCAGCAUUCGCCAAUUCCUGCUGAAUUACCGCAAACAGAAAGAACUGACAGAGGGCAUUGGAAUAGAGGAUGAUUAUAACACUGAAGACAGAGGUAAUAGAGGUCCCUCCCACUGAGUGUGAGGAUGUGGAAGAUGCUGGUAGUCCUGAUGUGAAAGCAGAGCUUCCCUCCCACCUCAGCAUCACUAAGGAUGUUAUGGAGCGCUGCAUUCAUCUGCUGUCUGAUCCCAGCCUCAGGCUCCGACUCAAGGUACUGGACGUGCUGGAGUUGUGCGUUCAGGUGCUGAGUGAGAGGGAAAACGAACUGCUGCCUAUGGCUCAUCGCUGCUGGCCAGCACUCCUGCAGAGACUCACAGCCGAUGACCCAUUAGCAGUCCUCAGAGCCUUCAGGCUGAAGCAGACCUAGAUGCUGUUUGUGAAGCCUGUCUACCCUACCUGAGCUCCAGACAACCCAUCAGACUGCAAGAAGCCUGUUUAAGUGUGUUCCGACACUUAAUCCAGGUGGAUCCGGACACCUUCUGGUUUACUCUCAAUGAGCUGCACUGCCGUCCUCUUACAUCCCACACCACCCCGACCUCCUGCCGGUGCAGCUGAACGGCACGGGCAGGCCGAGAGACGAGUUCUCGGACAACGUGUUCAAACUGCUCAAGGAGGAGUUUGGCUCCGUUACUGAGACAGUUAACCAGCCAGUCAGCUAAUGAGCUGCUGCUUGAUGAAAUUGACUCACCUCACAAACGGACGGCUUAUUGAACCACGACUCCAACAGGUCAAUUAGCUGAAAGAAAUCUGUCAGCUGUGCCAAAUAGUUGAUCACCUAGCUCUGUGGAAUCAAGAGCUACGCUGUCAUUUACAAAAUGUUACUUAGUCAUCACCUUGAUUAUCUAACCUCCUAGCUUCUGCUAGCCCACAAUUAGCCCACAUUGAUAUAUAUUUGUCCUCUGCAAUAUUUUGGACAUUUGUAAUGGAGCUAUUUAUAUAUAUUCCAGCUACACCUUAUAUUUUGUAACUAUGUAAUGUGUUAUUUAAUUUUGUUCAGUGUUACUGCUCUUAUUGUCUUGGAGCGACUGUAACCACACAGUUUCCACAAGGAUGAAUAAACUCUUCUUAUUUCACUUUCAGCUCUAGCGUGCAGAGAAUGUGUUAAACUUUUUCUCUGCCACCUAUUAACAAUAAACACAAAGAACAUAAAGGCUUCCACCUGGCCCAAAUGACCACAACUACGACACAUUUUCAGUGUCAGUUCAUCAGAUGAUCAGUUUUCAGGAUUCAGAUGUAUUGCUUGGUCUAUUAAAUGUCACACACUUGCAAAGAGCAUGGUUUAUUUGAAAACAUAGAGGAAUCAAAUUCAUUUUGGAAUCAAAGGAAUCAGAACAUUUUGUCAAAUCAGAACAUUUUGUCAAAUGUAGAGAUUAGAAAAUUAUUUUGCUGUUACUAUUCAUGUUGCAUUAGUUAUCAUUUCAUCGACACAUUUUUUGAAGCUGUUGAGGUUACAUUAAAGUCUGUAUU